AUGUCCUUUCAUUCUUUCAAGAGAACCGUUAUGCUGCUCCUUGGGGUCGUUUUCAUUCUUUUAAAUCAUCAAGAGGAUUUCAAAAGACACGAUGUGAAUGGUCUAUUACAACUGCAUAACAGUGCUGGUAGAAAUUUAGCUGCAAAAAAAGAUGGAGUUCCACCACAAAAUAAGUCUGAAUUAGGAAGAAAUAAGAAAUGUUGCGUAGGAAAAGGAGUUAAAAAGCCAACUGACGAACAAGUCCAAGAGAAAAAAGAUCAUGUCGGAAGUGUUCAUAUGCAUGAUGAAACUUAUUUGGAAACAUUUCAGGAAUUAUAUGAUGAGAUGGAUAAUGAUGAUAAGGAAGAACGAAAAAAAAAAAAAGAAAAAGAAAAGAAUGAAAAGCACGAAAAGUUAAAUAAGUGGGACAAGAAAAAAUUUCAACCGGCAGGAUAUGAUGAAAAUGAAUAUUUAGAAGAAGUACCGAAAAGUAACACAAGAUCGUCAAGAUAUGAUGAGGAAGAAUAUAUAGAUGCUACAGGUGAAUUGGACAAAUUAUUAUUUGGGGAACUGGAAUUAUUAGAAAAAUACAAAACCCAUAGAGUUAGUAUUUUCCACUAUGAAAUGCUUAAUUUUGAUGAAAGAUUGAGCGAUUCUGAAAUAAAUAAUAAAUUAGAAGAAAUGGAAGAAUUACCUAAAAAAUGCGAAUUAGGCUCUCUGUACUGGCAAUCAUACAUAAAUGAAAUACAUAAAUAUGCUGAUGUUAUUAAACGUCUUUUUAAAAAAUUCCUAGAAUUAAAAAAAAAACAAACUACUGAAACUGUUCAAAAAUAUAACAAGAAAUGGAAAAAAUGUGAAGAGAUAAUUGGUAAUAACUUUAAAAAACAGCGCGAUCAUGUUAAUGAUGUAUUUAGUACCUUCGCCGAAAAGGCAAAUUUUAACAGAGAAGAGUUCAAGGAAAUUUUAAAUGACAUUAGGGACUCAUGGGAAAAAGUCACCCAUAAAGUAACGGAUGAAUGUGUAGCCCUUUUGGAAGAACCAAUUUUCGUAGAAGCUGAAUGCAUCCCGUUUAGCUCUUGGGAUGGAAUCCUUUGUCUUAGAAAUUAUAAAUUAUGCCUACCAUCCAAGCUCCUAAGGGUUUGA